AUGGUGGCUUCAUGUGGUGUGCCGGUGUUGGCAGAAUCAACAGGUGAAGGUACAUUUAGUAAGCAAUUCGGUUUGAAUAUUCAUGUUAGCUUUUACAAAUAUGUUGAUGAGGCAGCAUAUGAGCAUAUAAAGGCUAGUGUGGAGACAAAUCUUAAACAAUAUAAACUAAUGGUGGCAGAUUUUGGGGUUGCCUGGUUUCUGAGUCAAGGGGGACUUAUGACAGUUAUAAAUCAUCAACAAUAUGAUGAAAAGGCGGAUGUUUUCAGUUUUGUGAUUGUUUUAUGGGAGCUUGUGACAGCCAAGGUUCUUUAUGAGAAGAUGAGACCAUUGUAA